AAUAUUCCCUGUUCUGUAAGAGCAAUGGCCAGGUCAGAGAACAUCCCUCUGGAGGAGGAGAUGGUGAUCAUCCUGGACCAAUGCGGGCCAGAUCUGACAUAUGUCCUGCAUAGCAAGUUUGGAUGUACUGCUGUGCUCCAUGGUGUUGAUGCCGGUGCAGGUGCCAUGAAGUUCAAGAAGCCAGUAUUUAAGCACAAAACGGUCCAUUCCGACUCCAGAGAUGCAAGGAAAGGUUUUCAACCGUUUAUCGAGCUCUGCGGUGCCUAUCAUGAGACAUUGAGGGAGGCCAGACGCUGGUAUUUGGAUGUUUUGUACCCUGCCUCGAAGAAUGUAAUCACCAUUCACAACAAUUUCAUCCAGCACUUUGGCCAGAGGGAGUUUGAAGAGCUUCUUUCCCUUCAGACCAAGAGGGAAGUUUCCAUCGAGGAGAACUUUAAAGAUGGCCGCUUUGGAUUGACCAUCCAGGGGGCUUCUAUAAAGCUGCUGUGUUAGAGGUGGAAGCCCUGUGCUGCAAAGUCCAAGAGGACUUUGCAAAAGAAGAGUUGAGUUUAAUAGGCCUGCAAUCUCUCAUCAGUUCCCCAAGGAAGCCUGUAGAUGACAACAGUUCUGACUAUAAAGAGAGACAGCAACAUUUUCCCGGACUUCAAAUUGUCAGGGUUGAGAAGGUGGAGAACAAAGCUCUGAAGCAGGUCUUUGACCUUAGGAAAAGGCAGUUGCAGGUGUCUACCUCUUCUCAGCGAAUGUACCAGCGCUUGCCUGUGCAAUUCUGUGACCUGCUCAGCAGAGUGGGCUUUCAGAUGGAGUUUGCACCACCUGAUGAGCAAAAGCUGGGAGAGGGGAUCUAUUUCAGCGGCAGCGUGCAUGGAGCAGAGAGGCUUUGGAAGGGCUCAGCUGACGAGGAGUACCUCUACUUCAUUGAGGCACAGGUGCUGACUGGCAAGUCAAUUGUUGGCUGUCCUGGUCUCAUCGUGCCACCUGCCUUUGCCAGAGACCCACUCACCCUGUAUGACAGUGUGAACGGAGGCGGAGACACCUGGGUCAUCUUCAAUGGUCACCAGGCUCUACCUGAAUAUCUGAUCACCUGCAAAAAGCCUACAUACGUAAAACCUCACGCAUUGUUCAACUGGGGUAAAGCUAAAAAGCCACAAAAGAAUGAGGACAUUGUCAUCGAGGGCCGGGAAGUGGAUCCGGCUGUCUUCCACAUUUCUUCCAAAGUGGAUCAUUGGAUCAAGGACCUGGACCUAAAGGAACCAGAGAGCAGCAGCAGCCCACACGACGCUGUCUACCUGUCCGAAUCCCACCGCCACCGCAUCCAUGACAUGAGAAUCCAGGAGAUGCUGAGGAAGGCCAGGGAAAAAGAGUCCUUCAACAGGAACAUUAAAGUGGCUAGCAACAUGGUGGAUUGGCAGCAGCAGCAGCCAGGGGGGCAGUACCAGAGAUUCCACCCCAUCCAUAACUUCCAUCUGCAGCAGGCGCUGGAGAGGAAGCAGCCCCGUGUGGAGGUCUCUGUCUGGGGGAAAAUGUCUCAACCUAUUCAGGUUCUCCCUCAGCAUUGGGAUGCCAUGCCAGCCAACACGUCCUGCCUGUCCUGCCUCAUCCAGCCAGGAAGCACAGAGCACAAAGCAGUUUUAAAGCUGUUCCGAGCCACCUGCCGCAAAAAAGUUAUAAAGAUUCAGAGGAUCCAGAACCCAACCCUGUGGAGGAGUCUCCAGAUCAAGAAACAUGACAUGGAGCUCAGGAACGGUCACCAGAAGAAUGAGAAGAGGCUCUUCCAUGGAACAUGCCACACAACCAUCAAUCACAUCAACAACCAUGGCUUCAAUCGGAGCUUUGCUGGGAAAAAUGCUACAGCAUUUGGAUAUGGCACCUACUUUGCUGUUGGUGCCAGCUACUCUGCCAGAAGCACAUACUCAAGACCGGAUCUCCAAGGGCAGAAGUAUAUGUACCUAUGUCGAGUUCUGACUGGAGAUUUCACAGCAGGACGACAUGGGAUGACAGUGCCUCCAGCUAAAAGCACCACGACUGUUGAACUCUACAACAGCGUGACAGACAACCCAUCAGGACCAUCUAUGUUUGUCAUUUUCCAUGACAAUCAGGCAUAUCCUGAGUACUUGAUCACUUUCCUCUAGACCCUGCGGAGAAAAGCAAAGAAAUGAAUGCUCUUACUGAACUUUCAAAAGUCUUCCUUAUGAUUAUGACUAUGUGCCUUAUAAACUGUUAUACACAACUUUUAUUGAAGAAAUGAAAAUGACUGAUGUCACUUUUGCAUGGAAAAGUGUAACCAUUACAGGUUAUAAUGUAACCCGGUUCAAUCUAACCCUAGCCUGAACCACAACCACAACCCUAACCUUAACCCUAACCCUAACCCUAAUCCUAAUCCUAACCCUAGCCUGAAUCACAACCACAACCCUAACCCUAACCCUAAUCCUAAUCCUAAUCCUAACCCUAGCCUGAAUCACAACCACAACCCUGACCCUCAACCCUAACACCAACCCUAGCCUCUACCACAACCCUAACCCUAGCCUAAAACCUAACUCCAACCCUAGCCUACGCCUCAACCCUAACCCUAGCCUCAAA